AUGGGAAAAUCGACGCAGAAAGAGAGAAAUUGGAAGGUUGAGAAAGGGAGGAGAAAAUCGAGGUGCACUGGGGGAAAGUAUUUGAAACCUGGAACUUUGGCUCAGCUUCGGGGUAACAGAUCUUUAGGUUUUGGAUCGGUUGUUGGUAGGGUUUGCAGUGAUAUUGGGAAAAAACGAGAUGCUGAUUUGAAUUCGGAGAAGAGGGAUGUUCUUGAGGGUAAGGUGUUUGAUGAAAGUCCUGUGAUGCUCUCCCCUGUGAAUUUGGUUAAGAGUAGUUUGGUCGGGACACCAAAAACUCCCAGAAUUGAAGAAUGGCAGUCGGAAUCCAGGCUUGAGUCUCUCCCCACUGAGUUGUUGGUUAAAAUACUAUGCCACCUGCACCAUGAUCAACUGAGACCUGUUUUCCAUGUUUCACAAAGGGUUAGAAAAGCAGUCAUCUUUGCAAGGCACUUUCACUUCAAUUAUACUACCCCAGAUCGCUCUCGGCAAGAGAUGUUAAAUAUAAUGACUCCUCGUCCUUCUCAGCAUUGGCCUUUUUUGCGCAAGCGCGAUGGGAUAAUGAGUCCAAGCCCAAAUACCCCUAAAGCACCUCGUCAUGGCCCCCGACCACCUUCUCGUGUGAAAGUUGAGAUGCGACAGGUUACAGCUGUUCUUUUCAGAGAACCAGGCUUCUCUUCUCGUUACCUGAUGCCAUCUAGUAGAGUUCUCUUCUGUGAAGAUGAACUAUGCAAGGCAGUUUCUCAGAAUAAACUUUGA